GUCUGGAUUUCACUGGCCUCCGUUCAAUACAGUUCGUCAUUUGCACAUGCAUAUACUGUAUCCGACGUCUGAGAUGAGCUUUUUAAACAAACACGUCGUAUUCCGUUCCGGCUUGAUCUUUGUAACGCUUCACGUUUACACUAGUUUGUUCAGUUUCACGAACGAUAAAAUUUCAAAAGUAAUUAAUACGUUGUACGUUUAAAU